AUGCAGCAGAGCAGGGGCAUUGGAUCUUGCCUCGGCGGCCGCAGGGGGAGGACUGAUGGGGCGGAUCUGGCGGCGCCGCGGGCGGACGCUCACCCGAAGCAGGAGCGCCGCAUCGCUUCUGAUUUUGACGUGGCCUGUAGUUCAUUAAUCUUUGGGAAAGCUCUAGCAAGAGUUCAGAGUGAUAGUCAGGUUACAGCGAGAAUUGGGUACCCUAUUACUGGUUAUGGUAAUGAAAGCAGAAACCGUGCAGCUCGACAGCGUAUUCCAAACAGGGUUUGGACAGAUGAGGAUGGUGUUGAACAUGUGGAGGUCAAUUUUUAUAUCCGAGGUCCGCAUGGAGCUGGAAAGGUAUAUUCAGAGAUGUUCAAAGAUAACUCUGACAGGACAUGGAAGUUCAUGUACCUUCUUGUUGAGUUUACAGCACCGCUACAGGGACAAGUAAUGUUAGAAUCUUACAUACCAGCGUAAGGAUGCAUGAGACCAUAGUUGCUAGGAACCUUGGUAAUAUGGGUCGAGGAACUGGGUAACAGGACGUGGGUUGCCACCUCUUCAGGUAGAGCUGUGGCGAACCUCUUUGGGUUAGGUGCGACAAAGAGUACACAUUUUUGGGACAUGGGCCAUGACCCCCAAAAAAGUUUGGUUGAUGGCCCGGGUCUCUUCUAUACAUUUUUAUUUCUAGUGCAGUACAAUUUUUUUUAGAACAAUGAUUUGUCUUUGUUGAAAGCCCUUCAUGCCUGAUCACCGGAUGUUCUUGUGGAUGUUUUCCUUGCGUGUACUCACCUGAUGUCAUGUUAUAUUGUCUA